CGGGGACGCGAGACUAGAAGGACGAGGGCAGCGCUGGCGGCGGCAGGGAAGUCCUGAGGCUCUUCGUCCUUCUCUUGCCGUUCGUGAAGGGAGGGGAGGCGACGCGAGAGGAUGAACUGGCUCUUCCCGCUCUCCAAAGGGGGCAGCGGUGGCGGGGCCGCCGCCUCCUCCUCCUCGUCGUCUUCGGGCGGCGGAGCUGCGCUGCCUGCCGCCCUCAACAGCCUCCAGCAGCAGAAGCAGCGACAGAUCGAGUCCCUGCGCAGCGCCCAUGCCGCUAUCGCUGAAAUACAAAAAGACGUGGAAUAUCGAUUGCCAUUCACUGUAAACAAUCUGACAAUUAAUAUUAAUAUCUUGCUUCCUCCUCAGUUUCCUCAGGAAAAACCAAUCAUCAGUGUUUUCCCUCCAAUAAGACAUCAUUUAAUGGACAACCAUGGAAUGUAUGUGACCUGCCCAUUAAUAAGCAGUUUCACAAUGCACUCAGACCUUGGGAAAAUUGUUCAAAGUAUACUUGAUGAGUUUUGGAAGAAUCCUCCAGUUUUGGCUCCCAGAUCAACAUCAUUUCCAUACCUUUACAGCAAACCGGCUGGAAUUCCUUCCUACGCUCAGAACUUUCCAUUUCUUUCUCCAUAUCUGCCACAAGAAACAAAUAGGUCUGUAGCAUCUGUGCCACUUGCAGAAUCUGCUUCUUCAAGUUAUAGUAUAGACCGACCUGCUGCUCCUUCCUUUGGCAUGAUAACAGAUCUGCCAUUACCUGUUCCAACAGCAGAAACGUUACCACAGGGGAGUCAAAAUGGAUUCAGUUACAAAAUGCCUGAUGUUCCUGAUGCAUUUACAGAACUAUCAGAACUUAGCAUAUCACAGCUGACAGACAUGAAUGAACAAGAAGACAUACUGCUGGAACAGUUCGUUAAUCUACCCCAGUUGAAGCAAGUCAUUAAUGAUAAGGAUGAUUUAGUGAAAAGUAUUGAAGCGCUAGCAAAAAAAAAUCUAUUAUUGGAACCGAGCUUGGAGACAAAAAGACAAGCAGUGUUGGAUAAAUAUGAACAGCUUACCCAGUUGAAGGCAACAUUUGAAAAGAAGAUGCAAAGGCAGCAUGAACUUAGUGAGAGUUGUAGCGCAAGCGCUCUUCAGGCAAGACUGAAAGUAGCUGCUCACGAAGCUGAAGAAGAGUCUGACACGAUUGCAGAAGACUUUCUGGAAGGGAAAACCGAAAUAGACGACUUCCUUAGUAGCUUCAUGGAGAAAAGAACAGUUUGUCAUUGUAGAAGAGCCAAAGAGGAAAAGCUUCAGCAGGCAAUAGCAAUGCGCAGCCAAUUUCAUGCUCCAUUAUAGAUUUUUCCAGCUGACUAGAAUUUCUAAAGCGAGUGAACGAAUCCAGCAAAGCACAUUUUCAUAGAUCUAUGAUUUUGCAAUUGAGCAUUUCAUUGUUGUAUUUAUAGAAAAACUAUACAGAGCUAGGAUGAUAUUUUUGGUACAAAUUAGAAUCUUUCUAUUCUCAUUCUACCGCCAAAAAAAUCAUCCUUCUGCUGCAAUUUUUGCACUAAUGUUUCUUCUCUUUAUUGAUAAUUCUUAUAUUUAAGUUCCUGCUGCUAUCUCCACCUACUUUAUAGAUUAAAUAUCUAUUAACAUGUAGUUUUCACUAGAUUUUUAAAUUUUAUACAACAUAAUUCAUAACUUUUGUAUUAAACGCUGGUUUGGUUUGGAGGGGGGGUGUAGAAAAGUUGGUUACUUACAAGUAAGCUGCAAAAUGUUGUGAGGCAAGUUGCAUCAGUUAAGCCCUCUUCACAAGAAAGUAUCAGAAUUCCAUUUCUUGACAUCAGGUUUUCAACCAUUCUUAUUUUAUGUUGAGAAAUGGUACACUACAUAUUGGAAUCCAGUACUGAUGGCUGGAAAGCUUAAAAGGCUUAAGCAGCACUAUCUUAUAACCCAUUGGGGAGAAGGCAGUCCGUUGCCUACAUCUGGGAUUAGGUCUUCCUUCUAGGGCAGGGAUUGGGCAAUUUUUGGCUCUCCAGAUGUUUUGGCCUGCAACUCCCAUCAUCCCUAGCCAGUAUAGCCAUUGGAAAGUGAUGAUGGGAGUUUUAGGCCAAAACAUCUGGAGGGCCACAAGUUGCCUAUCCCUGGUCUAUGUGAAGAGUCUGAUGUUAUACCUUACAUUGUCUUCUGUAUUCACGAUCCCUCUAUUCACUACAUUAGGAAAUACACGGCCCGUGUACAGAAGAAUGUUAAGGUAUAUCUGAAACAGUAAAAGUCAUUUCUAUCACUCAAUUCUUGCUUCAUUCCUUCUCAACUUGCAGUUCCACACGAGAAGGGCAAGAAGGUAAAAGAUUUAGGAGAUACGAGAGUGUAGGCAAAUCUUUCAAGGAUUCCACUGGUCUUAUACUUGUCCCACUUCGUCACCUCUGCUCAGUUUUGCACUUGGGUUUGUGUAUAAGCACCUUUUGAAAUCACAAAGGAAUGGAAGGGUUUCAUCCUCCAG